AUGCAUAAUUGCAGGGAUAAACAGGUAUUGAUGAGAUGACCAAGACUAGUAAAGUGAUAAGGCCAUGGGUGGACACCAAACAAUAUAUAAACUUACAAGAAGGCAAAAACUUUGGCAACAACCGCCUUUGGCUCUGCCGAAAGAGAGGUAGAGAUGAAUACCGAUAGCCUGCUCCUCCGGCCUCUGUUUUUCUUGCUUGUAAUUUUCUUCGCCACGGCCAUUAAUGUUGUACCAAGCCAAGCUGCAGCCGAUGAUCAUGGCGCUGACUGCCCAAUUUCACGGUGUAGGCAUGAUGGUCCCGUUAUCAAGUUUCCCUUUCGCCUACAAGACGAUCCCCGACACUGUGGCCAUCCAGAUUUUGAGGUUUCUUGCUUGGAAAACAAGACAAUGAUUCAGCUCUCAUCGUCAUCAGGACUGUUUGCCAUACAAACAAUAGAUUACGAAGCGCAACAGUUUCGCGUCUACGAUGCGAACGGUUGCCUCCCCAGACGCCUUCUUAACUUUACCCUCCCCAUCGACUCAUCACAGCUCUUUCAUAUCUCCGAUUAUUUCCCGUCCUAUACUUCAACGCGUACCACACUGAUAGAAAACGUUACAUUAUUAAACUGUUCCACAGAUCAAAACUUUACCACAAUCUUCAAUGAGCACUACUUUCCAAUCAGCUGUCUCAGUGUCCCAGGGCACCAAGUUCUGGCUUUUCCACCCUCAGCUUCUGUCAAGGAUUUGCCUGUGCCAACUUGUAGCACUUGGAGAGAACUCUCUCUUCCGUUACGAAAUCUGGAUCCUAUUAACAGUAAGUGUAAAGUGGACAGUUUUUUGUGGCUGGAAUGGUAUUCCUGGAAUUUCCCAUCAUGCCAAAACUGUGGACGAGGUUGCUUUCUCAGUGACAGCAGCAAUCAAUUGGAGUGCUAUCCUUCGCAACAGCGAAAAGGCCAUGUAUCAAGUAGGAGGUCGAUUAUCUGGGGAGCGAGCGUAGCUUCAUUUGCUCUUAUAUCAGCGGUGGCAGCAGUAGUAUUUUUUUUCCAUGUAAAACGAUCAAAGAGCAUACAGGAAAAAGAGAAUCAACUCAAAGUUGAAAGGUUCCUAAAGGAUCACAAAUCUCACGUACCAACAAGAUACUCCUACGCCGAUAUUAAAAAGAUGACAAAUGGAUUCAAGAAAAAGUUAGGUGAAGGAGGUUUCGGAAGUGUUUACAGUGGAGAGCUUCCGAUUAAUGGAGUUCCAGUCGCCGUAAAAGUCCUCAGUGACUCGAAAGGAAAUGGAGAAGAUUUUGUUAAUGAAGUGGGAACCAUUGGCAGAAUUCAUCAUGUCAAUGUGGUUCGUCUACUAGGGUUUUCUGCCGAAGUAGGCAAACGUGCGCUUCUUUACGAGCUCAUGCCAAACAGGUCCCUAGAGAACUUCAUCACAUCUAAAGAUCAAUCCAAUAACACUUUGUUUGAUUGGCAGAAACUUCAUAACAUCGUCAAUGGUAUAGCGAAGGGAAUCGAGUAUCUUCACCAAGGGUGCGACCGCAUGAUCCUCCACUUCGAUAUCAAGCCUCAUAACAUACUGUUAGACCAUGAUUUCAAUCCUAAGAUCUCAGAUUUUGGUCUGGCUAAACUCUGUUCCAAAGAAGACAGUAUCAUAUCUAUGACAGCUGCUAGAGGCACCGUGGGCUACAUUGCACCAGAAGUGUUUAACGGGAACUUCGGGAGCGUGUCACACAAGUCCGAUGUGUACAGUUUCGGGAUGCUGGUGCUUGAGAUUGUUGGAGCUAGGAAGGAGGAGACUUCUCUUGCUUCUGGCAACAAUGAGGUCUACUUUCCAGAAUUGGUUUACAAUCGUCUCGUUCAAGGAGAAGCGUUGGAUUUGAAGCUAGAUACCGAUGAGGACACUCAAAUUGCUAAGAAACUAGUGAUUGUGGCACUUUGGUGCAUCCAGUGGUACCCGGUGAAUCGCCCUUCCAUGAAAGCAGUUGUUAGAAUGCUAGAAGGAGGCUCUGAAAACUUGAGCAUGCCGCCAAAUCCAUUUGCCUCCACAAGUGCACAGACAGAUCAACCAAGAACAACACUGUCAAGUUAACUAGUCACACUAAAUAGUUGUGUCCUGCAUAUUUGUAAAAGUAGCAUGAAAACUACAAUUACAAGUGCUUUUUAAUAAAAUUUUACUGCCUAGUGGCUAGUAAAUUAUCAUUUUACCAUGUUUUCGGUUAGAAUGUGAGAAUUCAACGUAAACCCAAUUGACAAUGAAUGGAAAGGCCAGAUCUUUUAAA